UAUCCUACGAUUUCGUUCAGUUGUGGCGUGCUAAGUCAGGCUUGAAUCCGUCACAUUUGUGUCAUUUGGCCUCCGCGGGUUUCCUGCGUGUGUCAUGCCUCUGCUCUGUUUACAAACGGUGUCCGAUUGAUGAAUGCUGUGCCGCGCAGACUAUUUGUGUGGCAUUAGUUUUGAUGCAUGAAUGUGGCAGCAGCGGGUCCUUCCUGGUGCGAGUGCGGGCGCAGGUGAUGACGCGCGAUGACAGCACUGGUGGUUGGGUCCCUAUGGGUGGUGGGGGACUCUCCAAUGUGUCUGUUCGGAAGCGCUCAAUAACUCCAGAAGAGACUAAUCAUGAAUAUCUUAUUUUUGGAAAGAGAAUAUCAGACCAAUCUGUUGUUCUCAGCUGCCUUAUCAAGAAAGACUUUGAAUAUCAUAAAGUAAUGCCCACAUUUCACCACUGGAAGACUGGAGAAAAGAAGUUUGGCCUCACCUUUCAGACUGCAGCUGACGCUCGUGCAUUUGACAAAGGAGUUCGGACUGCCAUAGAGGAAUUAUUACAAGUUCAUCACACUGGGAAUGGCCCAAUCCUAGAUGGUAAAAGCGAUUCCCAACUACCGCUUCCUCUUCCCCCUUCAGUCCAGGCUUGCCCACUGUCAGGAAUUGAAAGUACACAUCACCAUGCAAAUUAUAAUGAAGACCCUGGUGAUGAUGAUGUAUUUAUGACAUUAAAUCUCCCUGUUGAGCGAGGAGAUUCUCAAUCAUCAUCAGAAUCAUCAGGUGCUAAAUAUAGCUCCACACAGCCGUGCGAUUUGACCAUCUCGGGCCAUCCUCGGAUUAACUACCUAUCUCAUCACAGCAUUGAUAGUCCUGGAAAAGGUUCAGGUCCUGAGUGCCCCCCUCGUGUCAAAGAACCACCCCCUGGAGGAGGAGGCACUGUAGGAGGCAGUGCAGACAAUUAUUCAUAUGUUCAGCUUACUGCUGUGCAUGAAUAUAUCUACCCAUCUAUUGAGGAUCGAAGAGACAGCUUAAAAAAGUCAAGUCUUGAGACCCCGUUAACAUCUACAUCUUCUGUUCAGCCCGCUUUGCCUUCGAAAAAGAAGGACAAAAGAAAAAACUGUAGACACUGCCAGGAACACUUUUCAGAAGAUGGCAAUCCUCGAGGCAGCUGUGAAUACGCCCCAGACUGUGUGCGAUCAGCAGUGGAUUAUGUGACAUGCAUAUCAUGUGCUCAGUGCAUGCUGUAUCAUUGUAUGGCUGAUGAGGAAGGAGAAUUUGUGCAGCAACCUUGUGACUGUAAUCCCGUAGAGGAAAAUUGGUUAGCAAGGAGAAGACGCUGGAUUGGGCUGGCUUUAUUAUCGAUAAUUGUGCCCUGUCUUUGCUGUUACCCACCCUUGCGAGCCUGCCAUUGGUGCUGUGUGAGAUGUGGUGUUUGUGGUGGCAGACAUGAAGCCAACUCAUAGCCCUUACUAGCUAUGCCUGAUCUUCCCUGCCUUCCCCUCCCUUUAUUUUAAUGUGACUGUUGUCUUGCCUCACUCGUUUUGUAAGCUUUCUGCCAACAGUCCACUCAUCACUUUUGUAGAGAGAUUAUUGUUACUGCAAAGCAAGUGAUUGACACCUCACAGGAAAGUUACCAAAGUCCUUAGAUAAGUACUAAGAAGACAAGAUUAGCAAUGGAAGGUUGGGAAGUUGCUGAGGAGGCUUGGCAGUGUAGACUCCAGUUGUGAUAAGAUGUGGGUUGGCAUUCCAGCAGUUAGAAGCUCUUUAACCUGACCUUCUCUUCCUGCCCAUUUAAUUUAAUAAUAUAUUGUCUAAAAUGCCGAAAGCUUAAAUUAUUAUUUUUUAAAUAAAUUCACUGAUUAUAUUUAUCAUGAAUCGUUUAUCAAUGCUAUCACACUGACAUGUUGACAUUGGACUCUUAUCAAGAGACUGAGUGAGAGAGUAUACUCAUUUGUGUGAAAGUUGUGUGAUCUCUUUUGCGUGAUGUUAUUUGAAUUCUGUGUAUGAGUUUUGCUAUGAUUGAAAGGUACCCGGUGUACGUCAUGGAGUGGCGUGUUCCGUUGCCGCUCUGUUUCAUUUUGUUUGUAUCAUCUUAGUUGACUGAUGUGGCUCUACUUCGGGAUGAUAGUUUAUCUAGGACCAAAAGUUAUGCUCACUGAAACUGCACCAAUACUUGUUACACCUGUCCAGAGUUGUUCAAACAUUGGGCUACGAGAGUGCUCAGUGGGGAUUUAUGUAUGUUUUACAUAUCUCCUCAACUGUUGCAUCCAGGGACCACUGGUCUCAGUCCAAAGAGAGCCACAGUUCUGUUUUUAAAAGGCUUAAGUUUCUCCCUUAUUUUACUUUUUUGUAUUUUACUUUUUCUCCCUCUUUUAGAAUUUACACUUUAUGUAAAUGAUAAACUAUUUGAUUGUACAGUUACCUUAAUUCACCCACCUUCAUUAGUAUAUUUUGAAUAUACCUGUGCGUAUCCUACCUUGUUCAUUAUUAGACUUGAAGAAUGUCAGACAAUUAUUACCUGCUCAUGUCUGUUACUUUAUGACUGUUACUCUUAAACUGCAAAGCUUAAAAAAAAAGGAAUAAAAAGCAAAUUUCUUUUGCUUCUCUUAUUAAUUUUCUUAUUUGAGUGGUAAUAACUCAUGGUUUGAAGCAUUCUAUAUGUUCUUUAUUUUUUCAAUACUGUUGCAUGUCCCAUAAAACCAGUGUAUCACAAUUUAUUCCGACAAAUACUGUAGCGGAAGGCACAUAAUGUGCACUCCUCUAAACCAGUCAUUUGUUGUGUGUGAAAUUUUUAUCUGAAAGAUGAGUGAGUGAAGUGUGUGUGUGGAUGUUAUAUAUUUGAUUAUUACGUAUGUUGUAUUUGAACUCUGAAACGCAGAAAUUUGUUAAUGUUAUGAGUAUUACGAUUAUGGAUAUUACUAAAAUCUUUAGUAAUAAUAUUUUAGGUUUAUAGUAAUAUUGUCACAAUUAUCGUUUUGAUUUGGUAUUAUCACUGUUACUAGAAACAAAUAAUAUUCAUCUGUUAUACAUACUGAAAGUGUAAUUAAUUGGUUUUUUUAUUGCUGUCAGUUAUUGCUACUUACAGUUACAAUGCUUAAUUUAGCAUAUAUUUAUUGGUUUGAAAAUUGUUGAUUUGAUGCACUUUUCUGUUAUGAUGGAAGUUCUCAUUGCCUAGACGAUAUGUCUCAAUCUGGUGUUUCCUGUGUGUUUUUGCCAAACUUUUGUACAGUAUGAGUACAUAAAUAUUUUUCAUCCAUGA